UGCAUCUGUUCGAUGAACUAUGAUUGUUUUUUUUUUUUUCUUUUUCAGGAACGUCGUACGUUGCAGCUUUGUAAAUUGUUUUUGCAUCAUUUAAGAACGUGCUUUAUCGUUUCGAUGCUCCCGACGGGGAGAGAUUAUGGUUCCCAAUAAUCACGAAGCUCCGGAUUUUAAUUACCAAUAUGUCAUGAUGGCAAAUUCCAAAAGAGAGAAUGACGUCGCUUCGAAACGCGAGAAAAUCUCUAGUUUUAUCCCAACAAAGGGAGAGAAUUUUGAAGAGGAACUAACUCUUCGCAUGCUAAAAUACCAACGUGUCACGUUGAGUGCAAGAAUUUGCUGCUGUUCUCCGACAGAUGUAAUCAAUAAGUAUACUCACGGCCACAGAAGUGUACGUACAUGUGCACACGUUUAUCUUGCGCCGAUAUGCGGCACGAGCGACAAACGUAUCGGAGAAGUUAAAAGAUAAAAAUACGUGACGUGAAGAAAGGAGUCUUUAGUUUCCUCCCCCGUGUCACGUUCCGUGCCACGUGGAUCAUCAGUGACCCACAUUGCCCCGCGUUGCCAGCAAACUUCUAUGAUACAAACAAAAAACGAAGUGAAACCCUAAGGACGAGCACGUGCUAGCAGAGACGACGAUUACUCUCGUUUGAAUUUUGUGCUGUGCAGAGUUGGAACAUCCGGUCACGGAGCGGAAGAAGCAGGAAUUUUCGACCGUUUUCUGACCGAACACCUGACGAACUUAUUGCGCUUAUUGGGUUAAUGGAGGGCACGUGAUACGCUUGUCAGUCCGUAAUUAAAGCAGAAAGAGGAGAAAAGUUGGAAGAAUGUCUGAAUGACUGAAGUCUGCAGUGGAGUAGAUUAUAACACCGUGGAACAGUCAACUAGUCAAAGAUUUAUGAGUCGAAUAAUUAGGAGCUCCUGGUUACAAAUGUGCUGUUAAUUUUUCUAGAUUGACUCUAGUUUUCAACACAUGUUUUAUGUGGUAUCCAUUGUUUGCCCUGUUGUCUAAUUCGACGUCCUAAACACGGGCCUGAUACGCUUGUUCAACAUUUUUCUUUCUUUCUCGCAACCGUGUGUUGCCACAAACUACAACAGAAAACAUCAGAAUUUUUUACACACUAUUUAUGCAAUGAAAAAUGCUCAAAAAAGGACACUAGUUAAACUAACAUUAAUAAAACAAGUUCUUAUUUUUUUUCCUUAGUGUAAUGGACUAGAAGAAAAAAAAUACUAAUAUACUGAAUAGACGAGGAUCUCAGAAGCUUCGGUUCAGCAGGUAAACACCAUUGUUUCCCUUUACUAAUGCGACGUGAGCCUGUUGAAAGCUGAAGCUGAAUUGAUCGAUUCUAUUUUCUACUUUGACUGAAUCAUUAGUUUCACAUUGUGAAAAUACUAUGAUUGUAGUAUAUUAUGGUAUAGCAAUA